CACCAUAGACCAUAGUACACCGUACAAAGCUCUUGCUCACUUGGCCACCAGCGCGCUAGCUUCAAUUAAACCAUGUCGUCGUUAUCUUCGUCGUCCGCCUCAGCCUCGGCGCCGCCGCCUCACGUGGUCGAGGACUGCCUCGGCGUCGUGCAGCUCCUCAGCGACGGCACGGUGACGCGUCCCACGCGAAGCUUCCUUUCUGACCCCCCGGUGCAUGACGUCCGCCGCGACCUGCCCGUCCAGUGGAAGGACGUUGUCUACGACGAGGCCCACCGCCUCCGGCUCCGCAUGUACAGGCCUACGACAUCCAUCGGCCUUGCCGGCGGAGGCGAGAAGAAGCUUCCGGUGCUCGUCUACUUCCACGGCGGCGGCUUCUGCAUCGCCAGUUUCGAGCACCCCAGCUUCCAUGUCGUGGCCCUUCGGAUCGCCCACGACCUCCCGGCCAUCGUGCUCUCCGCGGACUACCGCCUCGCCCCGGAGCACCGCCUCCCCGCGGCCCACCACGACGCGGAGACCGUCCUCUCGUGGUUACACCGCCACGCCGUGGCCGGCUCCGCUGCCGACGCGUGGCUCGCCGAGUCGGCUGACUUUGGACGAGUGUUCGUCUGGGGCGACUCGUCCGGUGGCAACAUCUCUCACCACAUCGCCGUCCGGUACGGCUCCGGCGGCCUCGAUAUAAACCCGGUGCGUAUCGCCGGGUGUGUCCUGCUCGGUCCGUACUUCGGCGGGGAGGAGAGGAUGGCGUCGGAGGCGUGUUCGCCUGCCGACGUGCUCAUGAGCCUUGCGCUGUUCGACCAGAUGUGGCGGCUAGCGCUGCCGGCGGGGGCGACGAGGGACCACCCGGCGGCGAACCCAUUUGGCCCCGAGAGCGCGCCGCUCGAUGACGUCGCGUUCCCACCGGUGCUCGUCCUGAACGCCGAGCAUGACCUGCUGCGUGACCGGACCGCGGACUACGUCGCGAGGCUGAAGGCCAUGGGGAAACCCGUGGAGCUGGUGGAGUUCGAUGGGCAGGAGCACGCAUUCUUCGUCUACGAGCCAUGGGGCGCCGCGGCGGACGGGCUGAUCCGAGUGGUGCGGCAGUUCGUGCACGGCGGCGCGCCGGACACGGCGGCUGCCUUGUCUGGAAGUCCCGAAUUACAUAGUACUAAUUUUUUUUUCAGACAUUUUUAGUGUCCAACUUAUUAGAGCCUAACGCGUGCUUUGCCGCUCCAUUUUUCAAUCGUGGGAUUAACUUUUUUUAAAGAAAA